UUUCGUUGUCUCCCGAUUCCAUCUUGUUGCUUAAACACAAAGUCCUCCAGAGCAAACGCAAAUUAAGAUGCUGAGCCAUUUUCACGGCUGCAACAAUCUGGUGACUAUGAUCAUGACCUUCAUACCAAUCUUUUUCUUCUUCUUGUUCGGAUCAUCUCCGGCUGCAGCAGCCGGACGUGAGAUUAACCCUUUGGUGGAAAUAUCUAGCAGAGAGGACUUGAUGCAAAUGGCUGGAUAUGGAGAGGAAAGGCUCUCCACCGUCCUCAUAUCGGGUACAGUUUUUUGUCAUGAGACUUGCCUGGGGGAGAAAGCUCAAAUUGAUCCCCGUCCCGUUUCAGGUGCUUUGGUCGCUGUCUCGUGCCAUACAAGUGGAAAAACAAGCAAAUCAAAUUGGGUAGAAGUCAGUACAGAUGAAUUUGGAGAUUUCCUCAUUGAUCUUCCUUCCCACCUCCAUGCAAUUCCAAACUUAGGCAAAAGAUGUGUAGUCAAAGUUCUUCGGCUCCCAAAGCACUCGCUCUGUCACCCAGCUUUUACCGGGAACCAAACUGAAUUGAAAUUGUCAUCAUCUAGGAACGGCAUCCGUACUUACACGGCUGAAAGUUUAAACUUGACACCAAAACCUUCAGAAGGAUGCAUAAAGGAGACACCGAAGCAAAAGGUGCCAUCUGACCACCCUACUGAUGUGUAAGAUUGAAAAAUGGCCACAGCUCAAUUGGAUGGCGCUCUAGUCACAACAUUUGAGUUGAUAGGCGUGAUCCUGCCUUAUCUACCAGUCAUGUAAAUAUGUGUACAGAGAGAGAGAGAGAGAGAGAGAGAGAGAGAGAGAGAGAGAGAUUACAUGGAAAGCUAUGAGUGACUACAACUAAGCACUUUCAAAAAAGAUGUAAUUCUGUAUCAGAUGUAUUAUAAUUGUUCCCUGAAUAUUACAUUCAAAAUGCACGUUGUUCUA